AUGCCCUCCAACAAUGCUGCCUGGCUAGUCGCCCCAAAGACGUCACCACUCCAAGUCAAGGAAGCCCCCCUCACUGAGCCAACCCAAGGCCAUAUCCUCGUCAAAAACUCAGCCGUGGCGAUUAACCCCGUCGACAUCGCCAACCAAUACGUCGGUAUUUUCAUCCAACCAUCGCAAUACCCCGUUAUUCUCGGCGAAGAUGUCGCGGGUACCGUUGAAGCCGUAGGCCCUGAUGUCACCGCCUUCAAGCCCGGUGAUAGAGUUCUGGGAUAUGCGACGUCGCUUGCUACCAAGGAUAAUGCGCACGGCGCGUUCCAGGAGUAUACCGUUAUUCGUGCUGAGUGCGCUUCCAAGAUUCCGGAGGGCUUGUCUUUUGAACAAGCUGCCGUUUUGCCACUUUCGCUUGCUACGGCUGCUUGGUCGCUUUUUGGCGAUUCGACGCUGAAGAUGAGAUAUCCUAGUCUUAACCCAACGCCUACCGGGGAGACUGUUCUCAUCUGGGGAGGUUCAUCUAGUGUUGGCGGCUCAGCAGUUCAGCUUGCUAAAGCGGCUGGCUACGAAGUCAUCACGACUGCGUCUGCUAAAAACCACGAGUACGUCAAGAGUCUUGGAGCAGACCACGUCUUCGAAUACAAGUCUCCCCAAGUCACCAAAGACAUCGCCUCUCUCCUCACCGGAAAGAGACUCGCAGGUGCAUUUGACGCCAGCGGUUCAGAAGACGGCAUGAACAGCGCAAGUCAAUCAAUUGUUCACGCCGAUGGUCUGCGCAAACUUAUCUGCGUUCGAUCUCCUUCUUCUGAAGUCGCGGGCGUCGAGGCCAAGACUGUUCUCUCGAUUAGUAUUAUCAACACCCCUGUUGCCAAGGCUGUUUUCGCGGAUUAUGUACCCGCUGCUUUGGAGCAGGAUAAGUUCAAGGCUGUCCCGGAAGCGGAGGUCGUUGGAAAGGGCUUAGAGUCGGUUCAGUUGGGUAUCAACACCCUGGCCAAGGGCGUCUCGGCUAAGAAGAUCGUUCCUCAAAAUUUGCGCUAUCAUCACGCCAUAGACUUCUGGAUCAUCCAUUCAUUCAUCAUAGUGAAAACUGGUACAAUGGCUGAAACUGAAAAGAAGGAAACAAUUGCCCUCAUCGGCUUGGGCACAAUUGGUCUCUCAUUUGCCGCACUGCAUCUACGUUAUUCAAACGCCAACCUCAGACUAUACGACGUCCGCAGUGAUUUGAAGGAACAUAUCGAAAGUCUCUUACCAGUCUAUCUCACAUCAACAAAGAAGAAUGACUCUCAGUCUGACAUCACAGUCAAGGACCUCGUUGCUGACGGCCGACUGCUGAUAUGCUCUUCAAUCGAAGAAGUUUGCUCAGGCGCAACAAUCGUCCAAGAACAGGGACCCGAUAGUGUUGAUUUCAAAAAGUCCAACUGGGCUGAGGUCAUUAAAUACGCACCUUCAGACGCUCACUUAUGGAGCUCUACGUCGGGGAUUAGUGCAUCGAGACAGGUGGAGGACAUUGAGGAUAAGGCCAGGGUCCUCGUGGUUCAUCCUUUCAAUCCAAAUCUCGGCUCUGGUCAUCGCCCUGUCAGAAUCAACAAAGAAACCCAAGGGUUUGUCGGAAAUCGUCUAGCUUUUGCCUUAUUCCGUGAAGCUUGUCAUUUAGCCUCAAACGACGUUGUCUCAGUUGAAGAUCUCGACACUAUCGUUGAGGCCAGUAUAGCGCCGCGCUGGGCAGUAGCUGGACCAUUUAAGACGUAUAACAGCGCUGGCGGAACCGGGGGAAUCGGUGCAUUUCUACAUAAUUUGGCUGAUACUAUGGAGGCGUGCUGGGAUGACGCAGGUGAUAUUAGUCUCAAGGGAACGUCUGCGACUGAACACAGUCCACGAACUGAUGAUGAUGGGGAUUGGACGGAUAAAAUCACGAAGGAAACAGAAGAGGCCUAUGGACGACCAACGGCAGAGUCACUGGCAGAGCGUGAUCGGAACUUGCAGAAGGUCAUCGCAGCUCAACCAAAGGGAGCUUGA